AGCCACUCUGCUCUCGUUUGAGGAGUAGAAUAGAAGUUGAAGCCCCAGAAGCGGGUCUAGCUCUCUACUUCUAAAGUUUGACGAAGAACAAGUCGCAAGAGUAAAAGUUUCGCAACAAGAAAUAAGAACGUGUACAAAUUGAAAAAAACUACCUCUUUCUCUUCCAUCUACGUCAACGUUUAACUAAACUUUGCGCACCCCGCAAUAGUACAAGACAAAAAAUGUUGGACGCGCGUGAAGAAGUGAUCAUCAGCGGCUUGCUGAAGGUCGCCGCCGAUGGGGAGGCUGAGUGCGAUUUCAUUCGCGCCCGCAUGUGCGAGGACCCUGAGUUCGAGCCCUACACGGCCUUCAAGGCUCUGUAUCAACUGCAAAUCAUGUUGUGCAUGUCAUUGAAUCUGGUGGAAGAAUGACGCAGACGAUAAUUGUUGGUUUAUUUGCUUUUUUAGGUAUGCCAACAGGUCGAGAGCAUGAUAAGUUCUUUGUAUAAUUGCCGAGCUAAUAUGAAGGGCUCCGUUAGAAGUACAGGAGAAAAGACUCGCCACGACCCUUCAGUAGUUCCAUGCAUCUUCACAGGAGAUCUUGGUGUCCUUCUAAAAUAAAUCUUGCGCCACACAGGAAGUGAACCAGACUCGACCAAGACAUGGUAUUUGCAAAAAUGCAUACGUUGCAGCUGAAGCCUAUGACCUCCGGCGUUCUGACCGCGAAGGACAUCACCGUGUGGCUGACCCGGCAGUACUACAAGACCUCGUUGCUGCGCGAUAUGCAUUGCAAAAGCAUCGCACUCCUCGUACUAAUCGCAGUCAUGCAACACAAACUUCCUGCUCAAGCUAAAGCAGCAUUACACACAGAUUCCAUUUUGCAUGCUGUAAUUUGUAUUGCAUUACGAGUGCGAUACUUUUGCAGUUCAUACGCGAGCGCGACCUGCAGAACCUGAUCGACCACUACUCCAUGGGCGAGGGGGUGCUGCGCUACGAAGGUUUUUUGAAACUCGUCCUGCCCCGGGAGGACAAGCGGGUCCGGUCCCUGGUCAUGUGCCGCCGCUCCAGCUCCAUGUUGGAGCGCGAGAUGGGGCGGGACGGAGGCUACCACUUCAUCCGGCUGUUGGAGCAGGAAUGUGCCCUCUACGAGGAGCUCACGCUGCGCCGCAAGCGCUUGUUAGAGUACUUCGAUUUCUUCGAAAAUACGUUUUAUUAUGUUUACCUAGGUGGAUGGCUUCACACAUUGCACUACGUCGAGACAGUCAUUUAGUAAGAUCAGAAAGAGCGUAUCUUUAUGUUGUUCUGGCCACAUUUGUUUGAGCAGAAAAGAAAAAGACAGCCACGUUGGCAAGGCAGGCCUUUAUAAUUUUUGGUUCGUCCACCAACACAAACAAGGGAUUCAAAUUUUCCUUUUGACUCCGCACCACAGGUACGAAUGGCGUGAGGACCGUGAACACAUUGCUCAGCGCGCUUUCACCUGGCUGCAGUCCAUGUCUUCCGCCCCGGGGGUGACGCAUGUGUCGGUGCUGGCCGUGUGCCGCCUGCUGUGCGACGUGAAAGAGCUGCUGUCCAUCAACCAGGUCGAGCAGCUGUUUCACCGCGUCAACCUCUCUGGUACCGACAUGCUAUGAACUGCAAAAGUAUCGUACUCGUAUAAAUGCAUUACAAAUUUCCCCAGCAUGCGAGAUAAAAUUUGUAAUGCGGAUUUGCCUUAAGAUGAAGAUUUGUAAUGCAUGAAUGCAAUACGAGUGCGAUACUUUUGCACAGGAUACAUUCUCUCCUUCGCCGAAUUUGACAAGUUUCUGCAGUCCAAGGAGGCCAACGCGUACCUCAACGAGCUCUACGUCCGCAACUUCUCCACCAUGUGCCCCGGCUGCGGCGCCAUGGUGCAGCGCGAGGGCGGUAUGCGAGGGGAGUAGAACAACUCGUCUCCCUAGGUGGUUCCGCCCGUCAUUAUUUUUGUAUGCGGAAAAUUUAAAUUUUUGAACACCAAUCUAAACGUAAUUCAAAUUCAGUCAGCAUGUUGCUCUGCUUUUGCAGCUCUACACUGCUUAUAGCUCCUUGCAAGAGAAACUGCUGACGAAGUAAGUGGUGUGGUUGGUGGUACAAUCUGGAGUGCGUGAUCGGAUAGCAGUAGAGUGGUACAGUCAGGAAAAACUACCUGUGAAGCUGAUUCUGCACGUCCGCCUUUCUACUUUCGAUUGGUUGCUGCUCUUCUGUGCCGUUCAAAUUUAAAAAAUGAUGGGACCACGACGGGGACGAGUUCAACAUCUUUUGCACUUUCAUACUUCGCGCGUGCAACAACGUCACCUGCUACUACUGCCGCACGACGUUCAAAUGCAAUACGAACGCGCAGGACGCGGACUUGCUGUCUCCCCGCGCGAUCAAGACCAUUUCUGUCCAGCAGAACCCGUACGCGAACGACGUGUCCGGCGGCUUUUGCGCGCGGUCCGGAGCUGGUUCUCCGCGUAACGUGGCGUCACUGUCGCCACGCACACCGCGGAAGACGAACAACAUGUCCAUGAUGUCGACGAAUGUGGGCAACGACACUUCCUUUAUGAGCAACACGUCUAGCCUGACGUCCCCGCGGGCGGCCGCGACCAACGUGGCGGGCGGAUAUUCUACGGUAAUAUGCGUCCUUCUUGCUUGUGUAGGACUAGAGAAAAUCAUCAUCUACUCUUGAGAUCAUUUUGAUUUAUUUAGGAGUGUAGUUGCGAUUCGGUUUUUCUCAUGUCAGAUGAGAUACGAUUUUUACGAAGUACUUUUUUAGCGCGCGGGUAGAAUGCAUUCCUACUGCUGUCUCGUCCCUUGACGAGAUUCAGAUUUUUGAUUUUGUAGGUCUUCUUUGCAAGACGGACAAGAAGCAUCAUUCGUACUAGCACGACUUGUAUUACAAAAGUAGCAAACGUUCCUAUUACUCAACAUUUUCAUUUGUAUUCGCAAAAUCCUAUAAUCCCAAAAAUUUCCCACAGGUGCUCGAAAACGAGAACAACAACAUGUUUACCACCUCCUACAUUGGUGAGGACAAGCCCAAGUCCAUGUCCACCUACAUGUCGCCGCCCGAGCCGCAAUCCGUGAUCUACGCGCAGACCCCGAAGGCGACCGACUCGUUCCAGACCGGCGAACUGAUGACCAAGCGGCGGCAGAAGAUCAACUUGAAGAAGGUGGUCGAGUGCAUGUGCAAAAUGAUGGACGUAGACCAUUUGAUCGAGUCCGAGAAGGAGCUAUCCACAGGAAAAUUGAUGAUUCAUCCCGCACAUGACGUAGAAAUAAUAUAAUUCCGGUUUCUGCAUUAUGAUGAAAACCGCCUUCAAGAAUUCUAUUCAGCAUGACAAGCAGCACUCAUUCUCUAAGCUGGCGAAUGAAAAAAAUUUUGAUAUGCAUUUUGUACUUCUACGCGUGGCUGCAGGAUGAACAACAAAUUUGUAUUGCAUAAGAACAGCUGUGGCAGGCGGGCGUGAACCUGGAAGCGGCUUUUAAGUUCCUGGACCGGUACCAGAAGGGCUACAUCGCCGACACGGACGUGUGGCAGGUGAUGCACGGGUCCGACCUGCCCUGCACCUUUUCCGGCGUGUGCCAGCUGUUUCGCGAUUUGAAGAAGGGGGACGCGGCCAAGCUCAAGCAGGGCCAGUUGAGUCUCGCGGAGCUCACGCACGUGCUGUUUCCGAAGCAGUCCGAGGAGGCUGCGCACGUGGAGCAACAGAUGAAGGACGCCGAGGCCCUCAACGUCUUGUACGUGGUGCGAUCCACCAUUUCCUGCCCGGGCUGCGGAACGAGGGUACUAAUAUCGUGAUUUGAAGAUUUUUCCCAUCUAGCAUUUAGCGAGACAGUAGUGCAUGUAAUAAAGUUCUUCUUGUACGGGGGAUCGAGUAUGUAGUGUUUUUGAAUAACACAAUUCUUUCCCAUCCACUCUACCAAAACAGGUUCAGCGCACCAUGGAGGGUUGCAGUUCCGUGACCUGCUCGGUGUGCCGCACGCUAUGCAUUGCAAAAAUGUUUGGGUCUGGAAGAAUACAAACUUGUGAUGCGCAUUUCAGAAGACAGAAACAUCUCUCAUGCACGGGUAGCAAAAACUGCCCACUUUCUGUCACCAAAAUGGGGGAUCUGUCAUGCGGAUUCAGCAUGGCGGAAGCUUCUCGAGACCUGUGAUGCUAGAGCUUCCAUGCCAGACCUCCUGCGUCAUGCAAAAACAGCAUGACUCUUCCACCAGACCCAGACACUUUUACAGUUGACACACGCCCUUCCGCUGCAACCUGAUCGGCGACGACCGUGACACGGAGUUCCGGUUGACCUUGACCCAGAAGCACAAAAUCAAGCAGUACUUGAAGUUCGCAAUCGACGCGGCCGAGGACACGGAGCGGUUCCGGAAAAUGCUCAUGAUGGACGUGGACGCGCUGUCUACCGUAUGAACUGCAAAAAUAUCGUUCUAGUAUGAAUCGCAUGACAAAUUUUCUCAGCAUGGGAAAUAAAAUUUGUGAUGCGGGUUUACCUUAAGAAGAGAAUUUGUAAUGCAUGACUGCGAUUAGGAUUACUACUAGUACGAUACUUUUGCACAGGAUAUACCGCGCUGCUGGACGCCUUCCUCCUGAUGUCGGACGACAAGGGAUACAUCUCCUUCCUGGACUUCCAAAAAGCCAUCCUGGAGCAGCGGAACGUGCGGACCAAGGAGAUCGAGUUGCUCUGGCAGCGGUUCGCCGGCAGCCAGUCCCGCCGACUCGGAUUUGUGGAUUUCGCUGCGCAGAUGCGGCCCUUUGGGACCCAAUAA